AUGGAAGUCGAGAAAAAGCCAAACAGAGGCCAAAGACCCGCGCGUAAGUUUGAUGUUUCUUUCACUGUUAUAAAAUGUGACACAAUUAAUGAGCUUUACGAGAGUAUUGUGAUUGCGGGUGACGGUAGUAGUCGGCUCACGAUCUUGGGUCAACAGUUAAAAGAACUAGCUGAUUACACUAGAUCCAAUGCACCUGCAUUACUUGCAAUUGGCAACGAUGAUGUCAAUACAUUAUACGUCUCUUCACCCUUUGGAAUGUCUAAAUGUAAAAAUAAGGUUUAUGAUAGAAAUUGUAAAACUAAGAAAAUAGAUUUUGAAAAGCUCGACCAACAAAUACAAGAACGUUACUGGGUCGAACCAUUAAGGAGAAAAACAAACACUCCGAAGAGAAUGUUUGAUAGGAGGUUUGCCGAUGGCACAGAUCAUUUGAAUCCUAUUAAAUCGGUAGAAUAUCUUCCUCUGUAUCGGGACGAUUAUACCCCUGUUAUAUUUCUCAAAUGCAGUUAUGAGAAUGCCAAGAGGACUGCCAAACUCGUGGCAAUUGAAAGAAAACAAUGGGAUGAUGAUAUUUAUCUAAAAUUCUCUCCACACAUAUUUUAUUCGUAUUUGAAAUAUCCUAUUCAAUUUGUAACAUCUGAAAUUGAUGGUUCUGAAUAUUCUCAACUGGAACUCUGCGGUGUACCAAAUCGAAACAUUUCUAUUGCUAUGUUUGAUUAUAUGAGGGAUCGCCAUUUGGAAUUCAUGGGCUAUAAAUUAGUAAAUCAUCAGGGGGGUUCGGAUGUUAUAUUAAUAGAACCAGUAGAGCGUAGGAAAGAUGAUGAUCCGCAUGAGAGUAUUGAAGAAGCUCCUCCAUCCUAUGAUACUAUUUCUAGAUGUAUCCAUACAAGAAGAUCAAAUGGUAUGUAG